UUUAUUGAACAUUAGUAUUUACUGUGAACUUGUUGUUAUGGUUCUUCAUUAGAACAGCUUCCAUGUGGUCGGUAAGUUACGGUGAACCUCCUUUAACCCCUCAGUUGCCAGAGAGGACUGCUCUGUUAAGCGUGGGUGGUUUGCCAACGGUGGAGUUGUGUUUUAAGCCAGUUCAGCCAAAGGUUGCAGUGCACAGAGCUGCUGUAAAUAACGCCAUCUGAUUAUUGUUUUUCUAGGCUGCUCUGUGACUCACUGUGUGCUGGGAAAUAACUCUCAGGCUUUACAGGGGAUUGGCAAAUACCUUGUCACCACCUGCACAAAGCCAGCACUGUUGCCUGGUGUAGUUUGGAUGUUAUCAAGUUAUCCGUGAGCGAGUACUGCUGCAGAGUUCCAGUCACCCAAGGCUUGUUGGAUGGUUUGCUGGCCUCUAGCUUUCUCUCUUGAGGGGUUUCUAUAUCUGAGAUUUUAUUGUGGGGAUUCCGAAUCUCUAGACAGUUGUAUCCAGAAGACGCUCUCCUCCUUGUACCCGCCGUUCGAGCUGACCGCUGCCACAGUGUUGUGCCAAGUCCUGGAUGUGGUGGAAAAGACGUACCGUGGGGACGGUCUCAGUUAUCUCAUCGAUUUCCUGAUCCCUGCCAAACGCAUCCUGCAGGGGUUACAGCAAGAGGCCUGUCUGCAGUAUUGCGGGUUGCUGUUUCGGCACGCCGGCUGGCCGCUCUGCAUUCAGGACAAGAUUGUAUUGCAACUGGCAUCAAUAGACUGGAGGCUCCUCCAGCCGGGGGACUUUUACCUGCAAGUUGUGCCUUAUCUCAGGAAGACUCCACGUGUUGUUCUGAAAUGCCUUGCUCAUGAUCAGCAUAACGUCGAGGAGCUGGUUCUCCCAGACGUGUCUUACAGCUCCAUCUUCACCUUGGAAUGGCUGGAGUUCAUCAAUUCUGGCAGAAUGGGGACGUCUCUGGAAAACUGCCUCUUGACGUCUGACGAGCAACUUUUCAGGGUGCCAUGGGAUAGCAUUGUGCACCCAGAGUUUAUUGAAAAGACAACUACAAUCUCUGACACCUGCCCUGCAGCCCACGAAGAGGCACCUCUGCUACGUGGGGAGAACUUGACCAUCCAUCAUAAGGAAGAUGAGGCGAACCACAUUACCAUGGACCCCAGUUUGGAUAUAAAACUAGAGAACUCAAAUAGUGAUAUUGAAGGAGAAUAUGUAGAAUUGGCGGAUGUCUCUGUGCCCCGUUUAGGACCACAGCUGGGCUCUCUUACCCAGUCUAUUGCCUUAAAUUUCAAAAACAAACACAAAGCGCUCAACCAAAGGACACAGAGUGGAGAUGGCAGUUCACACAACAAAAAAAUGGUUUGCCCAUCUCUGGCUCAAACACAUUGCCCUCUACUACCUGCAAAAAGGGCACCUUUUAUGGGCACACACCUGAUCCAUCGGAACAUGGAUACUAAAGAAAAUAUAGUGGAAUAUAACCGUCUAUUCAGGCAAACACUGAAAGAAGAAUGUAAGGAAGAAGAGCCCACGUUUCAGGAGCCUGCAGACAUAUCUUAUGGCCCAUCAAACCAUUUCCACCACACACUUAUUGACAAAAACAAACUCCAGAGUAAAAGUGAUCACAGGGAAACUGGCGUCAACACACAGAACUGUGAACAGACAAGUUCAACGAAAGAUCAUUUUAACACGUCAUUGUCUCUACAGGAAUGUAAAAGGCACUCUAUAGACUGCAGUAAGAAGUCCUUGCAGGAUCCUGCCACGGAGCGGUCACCGACACCACAAAGUGUGAUAACCGAGCAAUCUCACCACAUGCUCUCCCAUAGCCAUGUCUGUCGGACUAGUAUUGACCAAACUGUAUCCUUGGUGAGAAGUUCGGUAGCUGAUGAGAAUGGUCUGGCAGAAAACUUUCAGAAAAAUGUUUCAUCUCUCACAGAUUCAAACGACUCUGACCAUAAAGGGGAAAAUGAAGCCUCCAAAGUCUGCUGUGUUCUAGAAAAGUCUGGGCUUGUGGCUGCAGAGGGAGGACAUUAUCCACGGAACACUAUUGCUUACAGUGUGUAUGCGCAGACUGAUGAAAGGGUUAAUGGGGAAUCAGAGGGUAUCCUGGGUGAAGGUAAUUUAUCUGUAGAGACAGGAGUUUACAUUAACUCAGGCCCAUGUAUAUCUUCUACUGAGGAUCAUUACGCCAUUAGUGAUUGUGUCCCAGUUUGCCCACAGUCUGACACCAGCGGCACGUUAUCCGAGACAGAAGCAGCGCAGCAGCCAUUAGAAACACUGCUCGUAUCGACAGACGAAGAUCAACCCAAUAACGGACCCACGGACACUGGGAGACUUGCUAAAGGCAAUAAUGAACCCACCGACACUGGGAGACUUGCUGAAGCCAAUAAUGAACCCACCGACACUGGGAGACUUGCUGAAGCCAAUAAUGACCCCACCGACACUGGGAGACUUGCUGAAGCCAAUAACGGAGCCACAGACACUGGGAGAAAUGCUGAAGCCAAUAACGGAACCACAGACACUGGGAGAAAUGCUGAAGCCAAUAACGGACUCACAGACACUGGGAGACACGCUGAAGCCAAUAACAGAACCACGGACACUGGGAGACAUGCUAAAGCCAAUAAUGAACCCACCGACACUGGGAGACUUGCUGAAGCCAAUAACGGAACCACAGACACUGGGAGACACGCUGAAGCCAAUAACGGACUCACAGACACUGGGAGACACGCUGAAGCCAAUAACGGACUCACAGACACUGGGAGACACGCUGAAGCCAAUAACGGACUCACAGACACUGGGAGACACGCUGAAGCCAAUAACGGACUCACAGACACUGGGAGACACGCUGAAGCCAAUAACGGACUCACAGACACUGGGAGACCUGUUGAAGCCAAAAACGAAACCACUGACACUGGGAGACAUGCUGAAGCCAAUAGCAGAAGCACAGACACUGGGAGAGCUGCUGAAGUCAUCUCUGUAACAGAAAAGGUGGAUUUGCAGCAAAAGUCGACAGAGGACACUGCUGUGUGCGUUUCUUUGCUGUCCUGGUGGCAGAGCCCUGUGUCCUCCCCCGUGAUCAGAAACCCCUGCCAGACCCCACUGACCCUGGGGAACGAUGUAAACCUGGAGAUUCUAAUGAGCGGGCUCUUGUACUUCCCCGGAACGCGGGACCGAAGCGGGCGAGCUGUAGUGAUCAUUAACACAAGAAACACAGGCUGGCUGAAUCCGCAUUGUAAUGCUUCUGAACUGGGGCGCCUCUUGCUAUACUUCCACAAGAUCCCACGGAGAGAUUGCCAAACCCUGGGGCUCACACUAUUAGUGGAUGCACGGCGCUGCUCCCCGGUACCUGCACUGUUUAAAGCCUUUCAUCUGGUCCAGGCAGCAGUCCCUAAUUGUAUCCAUGGAAUUCUCCUCCUGGUAGAGAAAGAACUUACCUUGUCGGCAGAGAAACCUCAUGGCGUACAGUUCGAUCUUUUAACAUCAACCAAAUCCUUGCACAAGCAUAUAGACGCCUCACAGCUCCCACCUGAGUUCGAUGGGUCAUUUCCAUACUGUCACAGGGACUGGCUGGCAUUUCGAAUGAAAUUAGAGCACCUGCAGGAGGCGUGCCGCGAUGCUUGCAUUUUUCUACAGAAUGCAAUCAGGAACCUGCAUGUUGGCGCACUGCCGGACAAGGCUACGGAAGCCAAUCAAAUGCUGCAGAGAUUUGGGCAUUUGAUGAGGACGGUGCUAGAGGACACCCGAUUGGUGAAGCUGCAGACAGAGGGCGGAGCUAUCCUUGCCAGACUGAGGAAGGAGGAAUCGUGUGUGACUCUCACAGAUGAUUACAGGGAUGCUGUAGAAUCUGCUACGGAUCUCUAUAACAAAGUGGAUGAAGGGGUGCACAGCUUGGUGAAGUUGUCAAACAAGCGCAUACAGGACAUGGAGAUGGUCAUAGAGUUUGAGGCAUUUGAGGAACGGUUUCAAGAGAUCAGCGGCUGGAUCGAGACAGUGGGCAUGCGUUUGCUGGGAGAAUGCAGCGAUACACAGGAUUCUCUGGAAGUCGUCCUUCAAGCACAGAGACACUUCAGGGAGUUUGAGAGUGUGGCCUGUGAGUACUGCCGACGUGGCCGGGAGAUUCUGCAGCCGAUGGAGCGAUGGGAGAAUGUGCUAUUGUCUUUGGAGGUUAAGAAGUACCUGCUAAAGUUACAGAAAUGUAAGGAGAAGGUGGGGGAAUUCUCUGCACGGCUGGAAGAAUCCCGCCAACGCCUGGAGAGGACCGUCCGGCUCUAUCAGUUCUUUGACAAGGCAUACGAGUGGGCUCUGGAUGGAAUGCGGCAUUUAGCCUCCAUUAGCCUGGACGAUUGCAAUUCCCCUGAUCUGUGCGGGGUGGCCCUAGAGAGCCUGGAGAGGUACCAGGUGCAGCACGCCGAGAUCGAUGAGAAAGUGUUUGUGGAAAUGAGAGAACUGGCAUGCGAACUGAACAGUGAAAGUGGGGCAAAGCAGUGGAAGUUUGCCUGGUCAAAGUGCCAGGAGGCCAGACAUGUGUUUGAAAAGAAAAUGGAGGCUGCACUUAGGACGAAAAAGUUGGCAGCAGCAGAGCAACAUUGUUCUGGCUCCAUGUGUCCUCGCAGGCUCUCAGAGAGCAUGGGUGAAAAGAUGCAUUCCAACACAGAUAGCAAUCUGUCCCAUUUCCAAAACCAACCACUAGCUUCCCCGCUCGGCCCUAGGGAGAGGAGGCUUGGGAGAGUACUUGGUAACCGACCAGAGUUUGGGAACAUUACAGAGCAGGCUCCCUAUAAAAGCAGCCCCCUGUCAGGUGUCAGUUCAUUGGUGUCCUCCGCAUUCAGGACACGUAAAAUGUCCCUACAAAGCAUCCCUGGAGACGAACUUCGCCUUGACUUCCAGCACCAAGAUUCAUCGAUCUCCUCCAUUGCAGCCGCCACUUCUCGUCCUCUUACCAGACGGUUACUGAGAAAGGCUCAGAGCUUUGACCUUCCAGGAAGCGAAGGUGGCUCCCACGGGUGCCAGCGAAGGCUGAGUGAGCCCGGCCGGCGUGGUAACACAGGAGUGUUCAUCAAAGGACUGGAAGUGAGCAGUACAGAACUUGCAGAGCGUGCAUGCAGUCCCCGCCAACCGCCCCCAUUGGAUUGGUCAGCAGAUCGGAUGGUCAGCGAACGGCGGAGCAGCAUCUCUUCACCAGACGGGAGAAGCCGCAGCAGUAAACUGCGGCAUAUCAUUGAUGAGAUGGUGACCACUGAGAGGGAGUAUGUCCGUUCGCUGUGGUAUAUAAGUGAAAAUUACUUUCCUGAAAUGGAGCGACUUGACCUCCCUCAGGACCUCCGCGGGAAGCGGGGGAUUAUUUUCGGUAACCUGGAGAAGCUGCGGGAUUUCCACAGUCAGUACUUCCUGAAGGAACUUGAGAGCUGCUGUAAUCACCCACUGCGAGUCAGUCACUGCUUCCUCCGACAUAAAGAUCAGUUUGGGAUGUAUGCUUUAUACAGCAAGAAUAAACCUCGGUCUGACCAGUUACUUGCCAGCCAUGGGAACAUAUUUUUUAAGAAUAAACAGCGACAACUGGGUGAUAAGAUGGACCUUGCGUCAUACUUGCUGAAGCCUAUUCAAAGAAUGAGCAAGUACGCUCUGCUCCUAAAGGACCUGAUUAAAGAGUGCGGGGAGGCGCAGGAGCAAGAGCUGGCUUAUCUGCGAGCAGCCGAGGAGAUGGUGAAGUUUCAGCUGCGUCACGGAAAUGACUUGCUGGCUAUGGAUGCGAUCAGAGACUGUGAUGUGAAUUUGAAGGAACAAGGCCAGUUGGUCAGACAGGAUGAAUUCACAGUGUGGCUGGGUCGCAAGAAAUGCCAGAGACACGUCUUCCUUUUUGAGGAUCUCAUCUUAUUCAGCAAGCCCAAGAGAAUUGAGGGGGGACUGGAUGUCUACAUUUACAAGCGCUCUUUUAAAACAGCAGACAUUGGGUUGACGGAAAAUUCAGGUGACAGCGGUUUGCGCUUUGAAAUCUGGUUCCGGAGACGCAAAUCUAAUGAUACGCACGUCCUACAGGCAAGCAGCCCUGAGACCAAGCAUGCCUGGACCUGCAAUAUUGCCAAAAUCCUGUGGCAGCAAGCUAACAGGAACAAAGAGAUCCGCAUGCAGGAAAUGGUAUCGAUGGGAGUUGGUAACAAGCCGUUCCUGGAUAUAACUCCAAGUGAUGCGGCAAUUAAUAAUCGUGCCAUUGAUUACAUCAUGAAGGGCAGAGGAGCUCGAACCAGGGCAUCUAUUGCGGUUUCUUUAUUUGACCACUCAGACCCUUACAAAAGAACCCAAGCACCCAUCACAUGCACCUCUGCGCCCUCUGCCUGCGGGCCUUCGUCUGCUUCAUUAUUGGGGCCCCUCAAUCUGCACAUGUACGUCAAUCAGACUCUCUUGCCAGGAGUUUUGUCCCCAAAUAGAGCGUUUGAGACCAGUAGCUGCCUGGAAGAGGAUGAAUUAGAGAAUGAGACCAGCUGCAGCCAGCCUUCCAUGACUACAGAGAGCUCAGGGUCUUCCCAGUGCAUGUCCGCUGCUGGAUCCAGUGGCUCUGAUAGUGGCUGUGUAUCUGGGAUUCCACAGGAUAACCUGUCUGAAGAUGCUACAUCUCCAUGUGAUGCGUCCGCACCGUACUCUCUUCAUGGAGCCAGACACCAUUCCAGCCUAUUGUCCCCAGCCAUGCAGAAAGCGAAGUUCAGAAACCAGCAAUACAUAUCUGCGAACGCCAGCCACCUACCCCUAAGCCCUUCCACCAUAGUGUGACAUACCUGUAACCCGUUUGACCGGAUGGCGUCAUUGUUGGAUUACGGCAUCCACCAUUUUCAGAAGGACCAGCUGCUUCCAGAGCAAUAUUUUGUUUUAGAGUAAAAGUGCUAAGGAGACUAGUUGAUUUUUAACCCAUGUAAUAUUGCGAAUACUGUACAUAGUUUGAUAAACACUGUUUGUUAUACUUUGUUAUAAUCAGAGUGCGUCAAGAUUCCAGGAAUCCUCUGAGACUGAUAGAAAUUAGUUUUUAAGCUUAACAGUUUGUAAAAAAACAAAACAAAAAAAAACGACAUUUGUAAAAUAUAUAUUUAAAGAGCCAGAAAAACAAAGAAAAUGCUUUUCUAUUCACUUUCCAUGUUACAUUGAUUAGUGUCGC